GAAUGGUCGAGAAUGUGACCUUUGAAUCUACCUUUUAGGUGAGAUACCCUUGUAGGUACUGCCCCUCUAAGACAGGGGCCUAGCUUCUCCUGUAUCUACAGGCUACAGCACGCUAUUACGUACAUACAAGCCCCAAGCUCCCGUGCUACCCCACUAAGAACCACUAAGCAUCUCGUGCAGGCAGCUUUCGACUGGCGACGACAUCAUCAUCAAGUGAAUCCCCAAACCUCGGAGAAAUACUACAUCAAUCCAUCACUAGUCAUGUCGUCUGAAGCUAUGCCUAUAUCUGCAACUCGGUUCGCCGAGGCACUGAAAGAACUCCCCGCCAGCACACUCGCCUUGAAAGUUCUCGAGCUGCGCAACUCGAUAGCGCACCUCGACUACUCGAACGCCGAGCUGAAGCCCUUCGCCGAAGGCACCAAAUCCACACUCGACCAAGAAGGCAACGCGAGCGAGGCCGGACAGCCAGACCCCGAUUGUCAAGAAGCCAUCGCCGAGAACGAAGCCGUCAUCGCCCGCAUGCAGGAGCGCAUUACGCUGAUACGCGCCGAGGUUGAAGACAGGGGUCUGAACUGGCGGGAGUUCCAAGGCACAGCUACAGAUGAAUCAGCUUCGGCAACAGCAGAGGUCAAGGAAAAUGGCAUAAGCGAGACGUCAACGCCUGCAGUCAACGGGCAUAGCCAGAGCGCUCCCGAAACCCAGCAACACGAAGCUUGGAGAGACGGUACGUUCCAGACAGGUACGAUACGGAACGACGACGAACUCCUCAGAGAACUCUUGAAUCGCGUGCCGCCCGAGAACGAGGAUCAAGAUCCAGAUGGUGGUAUGCAUUUGUAGUGAGCAGGGGACACUUGCCUGUCACUGUAGA